AUGAGAUCAAUACAGGAACGGAGAUGGGCGCCUUUGCCUGGAGACGCCGCUACGGAACCGGGGGGCCUAGGCAGACACUGGCACUCUGGCACCCUGGCACUCCGGCACUCUGGCACCCUGGCACUCCGGCACUCCGGCACUCCGGCACUCUGGCACCUUGGACCCAACUUGCUUCAGCCUGGUAACAGAAUCCUGCAACCAGCCUGCUAUGUCCGUGACCUGCUGUUGCAUCGAUACGAAAAGCUGAUCAGUACACACUCAACUGGCAAAAAAAAAAAAACAGAGAAAGAGAGACAGAGAGAAAACAGAACCUGUCUCACUCUCACUCCUCCGUUUCUAACCAACCUUCCUUCGUUCCCUCCCUCCACAGGAUCGGCCAUUAGAUGCUACACUUGCAACAGCCACUUGGAACCCGACUGCCUCAACCUGGACACUCCGAAAGCCCAGGAUUACCUCACAGAUUGCGGGGACGAAGCUGACGGCCACAGGUUCACGCUGUGUCGGAAGAUCGAGAUGGCUAUGGAUAUGGAUUUCGGAGUUGCCCAUCCAUCAGAGACUCGAGUCCACCGCGCUUGUGGCUGGGAGGAGAACGACGAGGAUGUCAAGGAAUGUUACUACAAGAGCGGUUACAACACGCGUUCUUGGGUCUGUGCUUGCAAGGACGACGGUUGCAACUCAGCCAGUGUUCCUGCCGCCACCUUCAUCCUCGUGCCGUUGGCGGUCCUGUCUCUGGCUAUCAGGGGGGUUUAUUAGCCACAGGGACGCUAGUGAUUAAUAAUAUGUUUUUUUUUUUCUGUGCUCUGCCUGCUGUUCCCUCCUGUUCCUGUUCUUCGUCUUUGUUUUUUAUCUUUUUUUUUCUUCUUUUUUUUUCGUCAUUAUCUUUUUCUCCGCCUUCUCCUCAGCGAUUCACCUUUUUUUUAUACCGGGUUUUCUGGUCUAUGGUAUUGCCUUUGGUAUCCAUUGGUAUCCAGCCAUGAGUCUCUCUCUCUCUCUCUCUCUCUAUCUAUCUAUAUAUCUAUUUAUCUAUCUCUAUCUAUCUAUCUCUCUCUCUCGGGUAUUUUUUCCUUCCUUCCAUCCUCCCUCCCAUUUUCUUCCCCCCCCCCCCUCCUCCCUUCUCUCCCUCUCAUCCCCCUAUUUUCCUAAAUCCAAGAAAGAGAUAACUCACCCUCCCCCCCCCCACCUCCCACCCAACUACCAUCCAUCCCUCGUAGUGAUCUAGUAAUUAAAAAAAAUAUAUAUAAAUAAACAAAAGAAGUAAAAAAAAAAAAAAAAAGACAAUAUUUAGCACACACCGAAGACACUCGCUUCGUGAAGUAGUGAAUUCCGUUUUCUUUAAUGAGUUAUUGGUUCACUGGAUUUUCUUUUUUUAUGUUUUUAACUCUCUCCUAUUUCCCCCCACAUUAUUUUAUAUAGGUUCUUGCCAGGUAGUUUGUAUCCGGUAAUAAAGAGAUCCCUUUUCCCCCUUCAUUUUGGGGCUUUAGGAAUCCCUCGUAGUCCGUAUAGACUUUGCUGUAGAAAGAGUAAUUAAUGUAGGAUCCAGAAGCCUGUUAAUCGUAGCGUAGACUAAAGUAAAAAGAAGAAAAAAAAAUUAAUUGUUAAUUGUUGCGACAGAGAAGAAAAAAACAAACAAAAAAACCUUAGAGCGUGUAUGUUAGUUCCUUACUGAUUUCUGUUUGAUUUGUAUAUUAAGAGGUCUUAACUUUCGAAGAGGAAGAAGGCUAAAUAAAUAAAUAACGUGCGAUUUGGUCACGUGACAGUGGAAUCGAGGAAGGAGGUAAACGCGGCACUUUUAUUUCACGUAGAUCGAGUAAAAAGUGAUUUCUCAUUAAUAUUUUCUCUACCUAAAAGAAGAAGAAAAAAAA